GUGAUAGCGAGUGUGGUUGACCGAUUGUGUCCCUCAUUGAUCAGGGUCAGGAUCCCAUCAUUGUUUAUAACAGCUACGAGUAUAUAUAACGUGGACAUAGACACCUUCGUCUAAAUUGAAUUCAGUAUUAGUGAAGAAGAAAAGGCUUUUGAUAUUCAGAUUGCAAAAUCAUGGCUAUCUCAGCGAUCCUGCUAUUGAUGGCAGUUUUCCCUGCUAUUCUCUCUGAAGUCAUGAUCCCGAUGAAAGAUUAUCGGGACCACCCGUGUAAACGGACUUGUAGAGUGAACGCACCAAUGGUCUGUGAGUAUGAUUUUCAUGCCGAAUACUUCUACACCCUCACCAAAGCCUGCCGUGACUGUCCCCAUAACGUUACAGACUGCAACAGACCCGGAUGUAUCCCGGCCGACGGAAAUCCUCGAGCGGUCCUUGUUAUCAACAGGAUGCUACCUGGACCUGCCAUACAUGUAUGUGAGGGAGAUACUGUUGUGGUUAACCUUCACAAUAAAAUGGCUGGUGAGGGUAUGUCUGUCCAUUGGCACGGUAUCUUACAGCACGGCACCCCGUACAUGGACGGGGUUGGCAUGCUGACACAGUGCCCUAUACCUGCAUUCACUUCAUUUCAAUACCGAUUUACAGUCCGCGAUCCAGGAACCCAUUUUUGGCACGGACACUUAGGUCUCCAUCGUUCUGAUGGAAUAUUUGGAGCGUUUGUGGUUCGCCAAGCUGCAGAACACGAAGUUCAUCAUGGUCUCUAUGACCACGACCUUCCCGAACAUACUAUGCUCGUCAACGAUUGGUUAAUGGAAUUAGCUGUGGAACGUUUUGCCAAUCACCAUCAGGCUUAUGGAGACAAUAAACCUGCCUCGAUGCUCAUCAAUGGUAAGGGAGCACGUCACAUUUUCUACGAUACCGUACUCAAUGAAAAUAUCACAACACCAUAUGAAGUGUUUAAUGUUGUGCGCGGACGUCGCUACAGGUUCCGGAUUAUAAGUAAUGGUAUAUUGAACUGUCCAAUCCAGCUAUCUGUCGAUAACCAUACACUUCGCGUUAUCAGCAGCGAUGGAAGCCCUUUUAAACCAAUAGACGUCGAAAGUAUUAACAUAUUCGCCGGUGAAAGGUAUGAUAUCGUCAUUCAGGCGGAUCAGAAUGUGGGAAAUUUCUGGAUAAGGGCGAGGGGACUGGACGACUGUGUUACUAAAAAUGUCUACCAACAAGCAAUUCUUCGGUACGCUGGAUCAGCCGAGGAACUACCACAUCGUCCGACAGGCUACGAAUUUGGAGAUCGAGAAGGAAAGAAACUCAAUCCAUUGAAUAAAAAGGGAACAGAUACGCUUAUACCGGUAACGCAACUCGAGAACUUGCAUCCUCCUACCGAGGCACUUAAAGUAGUACCAGACAAGACAUUCUACCUCGCCAUGAACUUUAACAACAUUGACAACUUCAACUUCUACAUGGGACCUCAAUAUGUUCCUUCUGCGAUUGAUGUAGGACACUAUCACAUCUUACUGACACCACAAAUCAACCACAUCAGUACUACACUACCACCAUCCCCUCCUCUGACGCAGUUUCAUGAUAUACCACAGGAUAUGUUUUGUAACGCCGAUACCGUACAAAGGAAUUGUUCUGAGGAAUACUGCGAAUGUGUUCACACUAUAAAAGUUGACCUGAAUGAUACAGUAGAACUCGUCGUUAUAGAUGAAGGAAAGUUCAUGGAUGCCAAUCACCCCAUGCAUCUCCACGGUCAUAAGUUCAGGGUGGUAGGCAUGGACAGGCUAAACAAAUCGACGUCACUUGAGGAAGUAAAGAAGCUGGACAGUGAAGGUAAAUUGACGAGGAAUCUUGUGUCCGCGGUUGAUAAGGACACAGUUACCGUUCCUGAGGGAGGUUACGUCAUUCUGCGUAUCCAUGCCAUCAAUCCAGGAUUUUGGUUUUUUCAUUGUCACGUUGAAUUCCACGCAGACAUCGGAAUGGGGCUUGUGCUUCAAGUUGGUGAGCUCGACCAAUUGCCUCCAGUGCCUGCGAACUUUCCUCGGUGUGGAAGCUGGUCAAAUACACCAACGAAAGCUUAACUACUAUUUAAUGGCAUUUCAAUACCUCUAGCAUCAACUGAGUGAACAGCAUAAUGUCCAAAGUACCUGACUGUGGGACUUAAAAUUAUAAUGAUGAUAUAUGUUAUUGUUGUAUACUAAUAAA